AUAUAGACAAACGUAGUUUUAAAACAAAGACUGGAAAGGGUACAAAGUGCGAAGAUAUGCAAGUACGCAAAGUGUAGGACCGCAUCGUUAUUCCUACUUUUUUUACUCUUAGCUUAGAAUAUUUAGUGUUUAUUCAAAUUCUUAUUUACAAUGGAUUUGCGUGGGAAACCUGACAUUAAGAUUUCAGAGCAUUGUGAAAAGCAUGAAUCUAAAGAGAUUGUCUCAUGGUGUCCUGUGCAUGACGUUGGCGUGUGUGCCGAAUGUCAAGGAAAUGACCAUUCUGAUUGUGAUGGGGUGGAAUCAGUCAGUGAAAUUGCCAGCAUAGCUCAGCUGAACAGUGAUUUCAAAACGUUGAAAAUUAAGUUUGGAAACAUAAGAAAAAUAUAUAAAAAGUUGCAAAGAGAAAGAGAAGGUAAUAUAGAGAGUGUAAAAACUCAAAAAGUACAAAUUCGCGAUGAAAUUAGGAAAUUAAGAGAAAAUCUUAAUUAUCAUUUGAUAGAACUAGAGAACAAACUUAUAAGUCAACUGGAUAAAACAUGUGAAAAAUACGCUACCAACCUUUCGGGAGAAAUAACUGAUUAUAAAUAUCGAAGUGCUGUUCUUGAUUCACAUGACGACGAAUCCGCGAAAGCUAAGGAAUAUGGGUCUAAUUUACAAAUUAUUUUAGCUGCUAAGCAAGGCAUGACGAUUGCAAAACACGAGGUAGAACAUCUUACGAAACUAAAUGAAACCAUCCGAAACUAUUCGGUCGAAUUCAAACUCGCUGAAGCGAUAAAAGAUGUUUUGAACAUAAAAUCUUUAGGUUCAGUUGAAACAAUAGAAGCUAACGCCUACGUGAACUUAGAAAUGCUUAAUAUCAAUCCGUUCUUACCCAGUAUUAAAACUGUGAAACCAAAAACAUCAAUUGAAAACAAAGAAGACAACCGAUGGCAUAGAACACGUUUAAAACGCAGUAAGGAGUUUAAUAUGAAUACUUCUCUUGACAAGUUUCUCCCUGAAGUGUCAGGGGCUGCAUUUAUGCCAGAUGAGAGUAUAAUUUUAGCUGACACGGCUCACAAGAGGCUUUUACAUGUAAAAGACAAGGGUCAAAUUUUCCAAGAAGUUUCCUUGCCAUUCGAACCGUUUGAUGUAGCUGUACUGGGAAAUUCGAAACUCUUUAUAUCAAUGUUGAAUGAUCGGCGAGUAGAUGUUCGGGAUAUCAGUACUAUGGAACAAAUUGAUGAACUUAUUCUCCCUAGUAACGCUUCCGGUCUAAACGCAUUUGAAGACAGUCUUUUAGUAGUAGUUUGCGAGAAAACUGGUUUAUAUUUAGUUGGGAGCGAUAAUAGUAUUAACAUAAUAUCGAUGAAACACAAUGACGAAGGUCCAGUUGACAUAAAUGCAGAAACUAUAAGUUAUGCUGAAACAAAGAAAUGUUUGGUGCAUUCGUACACACAUAGUGGCAAACGAAAAUUUACUUUGAAAAUUGAUGGUUUUGGCUAUAUACAUGGAAUAGCGUUGCUAAAAGAUAGCAGUAUUCUUGUUGCGAAACUUAGUCCCGGGAGGCAUAGUAUCACACAUAUUUCACAAGACGGGAAGGAUAAAAUGCUGAGAUUAGAACUGAACGAAAUAGCUUCACCUAGAUCACUGGCGGUGCACCGAAAGAAAAGAAAACUGCUAUUGGUGCAUGGAGUUAGAAAGAUCUCAAUUUUUCAAGAAUUAUAAAUAGCAUAGGUUCCAUCAUGUAAAACUAAAAG